AUGGCGUUAUCAUCGCUGCAUUCCAUAUAUCCGCUGCCGGGCGUGAGGCGUCGAUUUACGCUGCGAUGUAAAGCAAUGCGUCAGUUGGACAAGAUUUUGGAAAGCAACUUGAGACAUCUAUACAUAAGGCGUAUAAAAGUUAGACCGGAUGCCUCUGAUGAUGAACUUCGGCAGGCUCUCAAGGAUUGGAUAGGAUUCACGAGUCACCUGGACGAUAUGGCGUAUCUCUGCGCGCCUAUUUUCUUCAACGAAAAGAGGCUUCGGAACUAG